UUCGCUGUGACAAACCCAACAACUUAAUGAAUGCAACCGCAUUGCUCGGACUUGGCGCAAGCUUCUUUUUUUUCCGCUUACACUUUACGACAAUCCAUGUAGGCUAUAAUAUUUCUGUCAUUGAUGUCUACGAAACAGUUUUUAUGUUGGAUACUUGGCACAGUUUAAACUAUGAAGUGUUUCUGAUCGCCUCGGAAAGUAAUGCCACUAAAACUGUGCGGAGUAUGUGAUGUGCGUUCGAAUCAACGCGCUUCUGAAAAUGUUGGACAAAUAGGACAGGGGAUGAGUGAUGUCGCCUAGUUACCUCGAUUUUCUUAUCUCAUCUGUUCGCACGUUGGGACUUCGGGAACAUUAAUGUACAUUGGACUACGGCGUGGCAAUGCUACAAGUAAUCUGCGCCGAAAAUAGAACAAAGUGAGUCUCGGCUGACGUCCUGACCCCACGGGCACUUUGCUCUAACACUCGACUGUAAACCCAUUCCCCCGACAGGCCAAAAAAUGGAAUGUGCCCUGCGUCACCAUGGCAACACUAACUGGUUAAAAAGAUGAGCACGAGGCGUGACGGCGGUAGUUGUUCCUGAGGACGGACAUCUGAGUGGCGGAGCGAAUGAAGACUGGUUUCUCGCUGGCACAACCAGCGUGCUAAAUGGAGUGUCGUCUGCUUGACCGCGAGUUCAACUGGACUGUAGCUGAGCAGUGCUCCAAGUUAUUGCAUCCAGGAAAGAGUUUGCAUUCUUGAUUAGUUUGUGAGAACACUGUGUGAAAACAUUGUCAGUAGAAAUACUGAUUUUGACCUAAAUUCAGUAUAAAGUACUACUGGAUUUCCUUCAUCUAGAAACUUUGCGGACAAAAACUAUUUGUACGUAUUCUCUAAAAGUAUUUACCCAUCUCCGGCGUCGUUUGCAGACAUUUGUCGCACCAAAAUAACCUGUUUGACAAAAACGAACUAACCAUACAGAAUUGAACUUAAAGUGUUUCUGCUCCAGACAUAAAACAAUUUUUUUUUUGAAGAUAAGUUGAAAGUAAAAGAAAAAUGGCAGCCGAAGAGAAUCUGCUGCCCGCCCUACUAGGUUCAGCUUUCGAUCAGAUCGCUAAAAGCAACACCACGUUGGUUCGUUACCGACCAGAGGGUAAUCUGACGGACUGGCUGCCAGGGAACGGCACCGGGUUAACCCCAUCGUCUCAACCCUCCGGAGAACCAGAGGAAGAUUACUGCGAUCUGCAGUACGGGAUUCAAGACAAGACCGUACAGUCACUGAUUAGCACCGUCUAUUCAUUGACUAUCGCCCUGUCUGUAGCCGGUAAUGUCCUGGUGAUUGCCGUGCUAGGCUUCGCUGCCCGAGCCAAGACGGACCUGAAUCAUUUCCUGGUCAAUCUGGCCGUGGCUGAUCUCCUCUCAGCUAUCUUCUGUAUGCCCUUCACCUUCGUUUACAUCAUGAAGGAAGACUGGCUCUUCGGCUCCUUGGGAUGCCCUCUUGUCUUCUUCAUUCAACAGGUGGUUAUCUGCGUAAGUGUCUUCACGCUAACUGCCGUCAGCAUAGAUCGCUACUUCGCAGUAGUGCGCCCUCUCAAGGCACGUAUGGCCAGGUCCAACACCAAGACCAUUCUAGUCAUCUCAGGCAUCUGGGUAGCAUCAGGCAUGAUGGGAAUGGUACAGCUCCUACUGGCUCGGACCAAAGAGUACGAGUGGUGCUAUGGAGAGCGCCACCUAGCGGUCUGCACCGAGCAUUGGCCUGACGCCAACCUGGAGUUUGGUUACGAGAUCUUCAAUAUGGCUGCCACUUACUUCGCGCCGCUGGCCAUAUUCUGUUUCACUUACAGCGUGGUUGGGCGGAAAUUGUGGGGAAGAAAUCUCCCUGGCAACGCCGAUCAUAUGCGAGAUGCUUGCCACCAGAAGGCCAAGAGAAAGGUAAUCAAGAUGCUAAUGAUGAUUGUCUUCCUCUUCAUCGGUUCUUGGCUGCCUCUCUACGUCUACCAUCUGAUUGUCAUCACUGACAGCGCGGUGGUCAGCAAGUUCCCCAACUUCUUCUUCGUCUACUUCUUUACGGGUCAUUGGCUUGCCAUGGCAAAUAGUUUCAUGAAUCCCAUAGCCUUUGGCUUCUUUAACGACAGCUUCCGGGCGGAUGUGCGUCGGUUGUUACAGCGAUGUGGACCAUGUACGGAGAAGCUAAGCCAUCGGCGUCGUUUGCGGAGCCGACUGAGUACGACGUCUAGCCUCACCACACGCACCUCUUCUCUGUUCAAUCACCAGCGGUCCAGUAAAAAUGGCGGCCCGCCGACCAGGCCCGACAGCUUGGGACCACGUGACCAGCAAGCAUUAGAGCGGAUUGGCAAUGGGCAGACAUGGAACGAAAGGACCUACACGCCUAAUGGAAGAGGUCAACUUCUGGUAGAAGACUAUUCACCAUAAUCUGAUGGACUGGAGUCGGCGACUACUGCUUCAUGGAGAUCGAUGGACCUACCUAAAUUAAAAAUUUUCAUUUUUCCAUAUAUUGACACAAAUAUCGUAAAGGUGAAAACAUACAUGUGACUACUCAAGUGAAAUAUUUUGUCGUUUUGCGAAGCUGUUGAUUACAUCUCGAAAAUAUAAUUAGAGGUACAUCUUAAUCUCUAGAUUAACACAAUGUAUCCAUCUCUUCCUGCACUAACAUGACUUGUUGGUCUCGUUCGUCAAAUUGAAGAUCUUGUCGAUAAUUCUGAAGAAGGAGGGUUCGAGUCCAACCAGCGGGGUUGCGGUGCGUGUGUUCAUGGGCAAGGCACUUUAUUACAAUUUGUUACUGCACACCGAGGAAUAACUGGCAACCUUUUGAAUGUGCUAGAGCAAUCCGUUUACUUCACCGAACUGUACACUUCCUAUAGAACUGCGGAAUGAUGUAUUUGCCUGAUAAGUAGGGGCAAUACUAAUGAAGCGCCUCAAGCGCGGAUAGUCCACUUCAUAAAGAAAUGUACAUAUUAUUUUCACUGCAUUAAUCAAAAUUAUUAUCUUGCUUUGUAAAUAGUUACAUCUAUCUGUACAAUUUAUAUAACACCUGUUCACUGUAAUAUCAGUUUUAUUUUGGCAUAACACUUUAAAGAAUGCCUUUACCAUUUGCUUUAGUUAACACAAAUGAGUUCUUACAUUUCUUGCGAAUGCGAUGGUAAUUUAACUGGAACAAAACAACCAAAGCCUGAUUGCAAAUAGUAAACUAGCUCGUCCACAUCUUCUUUUUUAUUGUGGGCAUCUUUCAGCAAGCAUCGCUAUUUUUCGCACGGAUAUUCGCAUGUUGCACUAUCAUUCUACGUUGCUAUAUAAAAUGCCAGAUUGUGCUGCGAACUCUUGUACAUAAUAAUUAUGUAUUUAUCAAUUAUAGAAUUCAGAGUCUGUCUGUAUUUGUAUUCGUUAUUUGUAUAAAAUCAAGUAAUUCGUGGGCUACAACGAUUUAAAAUGUAGACACACAUUUUAUCGUAUAUUUUCAAAAUACAGCAUUGUGGUACACGGUACGCUAUGGAGACAUGUGAAUAAUAGGAAAUAAGAGAUCGUACGUCUCAACAGGGCAAUUUCUAAAGGUAAAUACGUAAUAGAUAUAUGGAUUUUACUCAAAAAGUAGGAAUUUCCAAGGUGGGUUCAU